AUGCGACUGGAUAAGCUGGCUGUGGAAGAAAUUACAGGCCACAUCCCCGAUGCAAAGCCAAAGCCUGCCGAAAAGUCCAAAUCAGAACAGGAAAACGAUAACAAGGAAACCAAGGGAGAGGAAGAAGAUGAUCAUGAAGGCGAAGAUGAGGACCCGGACGCAAAGCCCGACGGAACGUCUGAAGAAGCCAAACCCACGCCGACCGAAGAGCAAAGCAAAGAGCCGCAGGAGAACCAGGGCACUAUCAAGCCAACGGAAGACGAAAUGACACCCGAGUUCCGUAAAACCAGCACGUUAUCCAUCACCAGUUGGGGACACCCGGUCGGACUACGAGCCUCGUAUCCCAAGUCCUGGAUUCAAAAAUACAAGGUGGAGAUCACCAAGCCUUGUAGUUGGGCGCUUAGCAGUGAGUACAAUACCCCCCUCCCCGCGCGAUUACGGAGUACGGGAGUCCAGUGA